CUUAUACCAGUACUAGCGAGUGAACAGAAAUCUCGGCUUCGUUUUCUCUCUCUAAACUCACCGAAGUCUUUCAAUUAAAGCAAUCGCGUCUGGUAUCUUCUUCGCUCUCUGAUUUUUAAACCUAGAUCGCAAAAUCAGAGAAUAUACCCACAAGAUAAAUGGCUGUGAUCGAAGAAUUAAAAUCAGCCAAAAAACCAAAAUCUACAGAAGUGAACAUGGGAAUAGUGAAUGAAAAACCACAGCAGAGAAAGAGGCAUUUGAAUGCUGUUUUGGUGCAUGCAGAUAAUGCUUGUGGGCAUAUACUUUGUCCGACUUAUCAGGUGGAAGAGAAUCGAGCCCAGGAGGGUAGUGCAAAUCUAUGGAAACUGGAACAGAUAGACUGCAACAAUGAGCAGUUUAAGAGUGAUAUGGUGGAGGUUCGAAAAGCUAGUUUUGAGACGGAAAACACAGUGUUCACAAUUUUAGAAGAUCCGAGUGUUAAGAAAUAUGUUCCCUCUCGUUUUGCCAGUGCUCAACCUGAUAUGGCGGUGUGGGUAAUAUCUGCGCUAGGACAAGAUUUUCGUGCUGCAGUUGCAGACGAUAAAUUUUGCCAGAGUCACGUGUUUCUUGCAACAACCUGCGUUUCCAAAUUGCUCGUGAUUGUAAAUAAAAUGGGCGAUCCUCUUUUGAAAUGGUCGAAGGACAGGUACAUGAAAGUAGUAUCAAAGAUGAAACUUCAUCUCAGAUGCUCGGGUUUUGAUGUGAAGAAAGGUCUUCAGUUUAUUCCUGUAGACUCUGUAUCAGUUGAUUCUAACAUACAAACCAGAGUAAGUAAGAGUACUUGCUCUUGGUGGGACGGGCCAUGCCUCUUUGAGGCUCUGGAUUCUAUGGAAGUUCCUGAAGACAAGGGCAGAGGUCCUUUUUGGAUGUCAAUUAACCACAUAGGAGGAACUUAUGUAGAGGGAACUAUUGAAUCUGGAAAGAUUAGGGCAGGCGAUACUUUACAAAUUUUGCUUCAGGAGGUCGAUGUUAAAGUGCUUGGUGUCUCUUCUUUAGGCAAUCGAGUAAACUGUGCUAGACCUCGUGAAUAUGUUAAGGUGGAACUUGCAGGGAUGGAGGAAAAAGACUUUAAACAUGCUUCUAUAUUAAGCAAUCGGCCUGAUAAAAGAAAAAGUCUGUUCAAGCCCAAUGAUAGGAUAGGUUUCCUUGUGACUGAUCUCAAAGAGACAGUUUUUGGGUCAUUACGUGGAGUGGAAUAUGAAGUGAUUGACAAGUUCAGAGCCAAUCUCCCAAGUAUAAAAGCCCAUGCUUAUUAUACUGAACUUCACAGUUAUACAAUGAAAGUUCGUGAGAAGGCCGGAGAGCUUUUCGGUAGUGCAUGCCUAAUAGUAGUUGGUCGUGAUGAUUUCCACCUACAGUUUGUAAGCAAAAGUAACACAAAUAUUUUGAAAGAUGGUUAUGUUGACUAUGGAGGCAACAUUGGUUUUGAAGAAGCCAUUUAUUCUUCUUCUGACCUGCUUUGUGAUGUGAGGUUACUCGAAGAACACAGUUUGAUUGGCGACUUGUUUGAGCAGAUCUGCUGUUCAACUGGGAAGUACGCUGUUGGCAUCCAGUCAACUUCUAAAGCUCUUGAUAUGGGCGUGGUGGAUACACUAAUUGUAUGGGAUAACUUUAAAGAUGAUACAAAUAUUUUGAAGAAUAUUAUCAGAGAGAAUUCAGUGUUUUCACUUGAGGUGGUGACUGACAGGUCAAAGAAUGGGAACCAGUUUUGCAAACAGUUUAGCGGCAUUGGGGCAAUCUUGAAAAGCCAAAUUGACGUUGAUGAUGAUGAUAUUAAUUGGGCAGAUCCUGAUUAGGGAAUGAAGUGCAAAACAGUUCUAGUCUGCCUGGCCUCAACAUUUGAUAUUAAUGAGUAUCCUGGUAGGCAAAUUCACUGUUAAGUCGCUGAUCAUCUUGCUCGACUUUGACGACACUGUAAACAGUACAGGAAAUUAUAGGAGACAAUUUAUAGUAAGAUUUUCUAUAUGUUGAAUACGCUUGUUGAUUUUCA